AUGGCCUGCUUUGAAUGUAUUGAGUUGAUCUUAAGCACAGAAAUCGUCGAAGCAGAUCUUGCUUCGAAGAGUCUUGUCAGUAGCGAUGGAAAAAUCUUCAGAUAGCAAACUUUGAUAGUUGCAACUGGCUCUACCUGUGUAAGAAUUUCAGCAUUUGGUGUCCAAGAUGCAAAUGCUAAGAAUAUAUUAUACCCAAGAGAUAUCAAGGAUGUUGAUCAGCUCGCGUUGACUAUGGAGACAAAGAAGAAGAGAAAAGUCGUGGUUAUUGGCGGCGGAUACACUCAAGAAAAAUGUGUCAAAAAUACCCUAAAAUAUUUUCCCGUUUUCCACUCUCGAGCCUUUGAUCUCUCGUGGCAAUUCUAUGGAGACAACAGUCUGAAAUCUACAAAGCCAAAGUUUGGGACUUAUUGGCUAAAAAGGGGAAAAGUGAUGCGAGCAUUUCUAGGAGGAGGAGUUGUGCAUGAAGAGAACAAGGUCAUUGCUAGAGUUGCACGAACACAACCUUCAGUUGGUAGCCUUGAGGUGUUGUCCAAUGUUGAUGAGUUGCUAUUUAAUAUUGGAUCAAGGGUAAAUAGAAAUAGGGUUGUGGUUUCCUCCCGGAUUCAAUAUAUGUUGUGCAAAAGUAUUCUCAAUAUAUAUCUCUAG